AUGGCGACGAAAGUGUAUAUCGUGUACUACUCUAUGUACGGUCAUGUAGAGAAAUUGGCUGAAGAAAUCAGGAAAGGAGCUGCUUCUAUUGAAGGCGUUGAAGCCAAACUAUGGCAGGUACCUGAGACGCUUCCAGAAGAAGCACUCGGCAAGAUGGGCGCACCACCAAAGAGCGAAUCACCAAUCAUCACUCCCAACGAGCUAACGGAAGCUGAUGGUUUCGUCUUUGGGUUCCCAACAAGGUUCGGCAUGAUGGCUGCUCAGUUCAAAGCCUUCCUGGACGCAACCGGUGGACUCUGGAGGACUCAGGCACUCGCCGGUAAACCAGCGGGUAUCUUCUACAGCACCGGCUCUCAAGGUGGUGGCCAAGAAACCACCGCAUUGACGGCGAUAACUCAGCUGGUGCACCACGGGAUGGUCUUUGUGCCCAUCGGUUACACAUUUGGUGCUGGAAUGUUUGAGAUGGAGAAAGUGAAAGGAGGAAGCCCUUAUGGAGCUGGAACAUUCGCAGGAGACGGUUCGAGGCAGCCAACAGAGCUGGAGCUAGAGCAAGCGUUUCACCAAGGCAAGGUCAUUGCUACCAUCACCAAGAAGCUCAAGGGAUCUCCUGCUUAG